CUAUUUAAAGUCAGAGACAGAGAAACUCUCACACAGUCGAGAGGAGAAAUGGAGACGAAACAAGUAAAGUUGGACCGUGAAACCUUCUGCUGUUCCAUCUGUCUGGAUCUACUGAAGGACCCGGUAACUAUUCCCUGUGGACACAGCUACUGUAUGAACUGUAUUAAAACACACUGGGAUGGAGAGGACGAGAAGGAGAUCUACAGCUGUCCUCAGUGCAGGGAGACCUUCACACCGAGGCCUGUCCUGGUGAAAAACACCAUGUUAGCAGAUUUAGUGGAGGAGCUAAAGAAGAGCGGACUCCCAGCUGCUCCUGCUGAUCACUGCUAUGCUGGACCUGAUGAUGUGGCCUGUGAUGUCUGCAGCGGGAGAAAACUGAAAGCCACCAAGUCCUGUCUCAUCUGUCUGGUGUCUUACUGUGAUGAACACCUCCAGCCUCAUUAUCAAUCCUCUGCCUUUUGGAGACACACGCUAAUGGAGCCCUCCAAGAAGCUGCAGGAGAACAUCUGCUCUCAUCAAGAUGAUGUGAUGCAUUUCUUCUACGUCGAUGAGCUCGAGGUGAAGCAACAAAACAUCCAGCAGAGAAUCCAGGACAGAGACAAAUAUGUGAAGCGGCUUCAACGGGAGUUGGAGGCUAUCAGUCGCUCUGCUGAUGAAACAGUGGAGGACAGUGAGAAGAUGUUAACCAAACUGAUCCGUCUCACCCAAAAACAAAUCUCUGAGGUGAAGCAGCAGGUCAGAUCCCAGCAGAAAACUGAGGUGAGUCGAGUCAAAGAGUUUCAGGAGAAGCUGCAGCAGGAGAUCACUGAGCUGAAGAGGAAAGAGGCUGAACUGAAGAAACUCUCACACAAAGAAGAUCACAGUGAGUUUCUACAAAACUACUCCUCAGUGUCAGCACUCAGUGAAUCCACAGACUCACCUAGCAUCAAUAUCCGUCCUCUGCGCUACUUUGAGGAUGUGACAGCAGCUGUGUCAGAAGUCAGAGACAAGCUACAGGACGUUGCAAGAGAGAAAUGGAAAGACGUCUUACUGACAGUGAGUGAUGUGGAUGUUUUACUGUUACCACCAGAGCCCAGGACCAGGGCUGGAUUCUUAAAAUGUUCACGUGAAAUCACACUGGAUCCAAACACAGCAAACAAGUAUUUUUUAAUAUCUGAAGGGGACACGAAAGCAACAGCAAUGAGUACAAGACAGUUUGUCAGUCAUGACCGCGAAGUGUUCUAUCCAUUUAAUCAGGUCCUGAGUAGAGAGGGUCUGACUGGACGCUGUUACUGGGAGGUGGAGCUGGGAGCCAAACUGGUUUUUGUAGCAGUUGCCUACAGGAACAUGAGAAGAAACAGAACAAUGUUUGGGAACUGUGACAAAUCUUGGGCAAUACUACACUCUGACUAUCGAGGCCAUUAUGUAUUUUCCCACAAAAAUGUUGAAACUCCCGUCUCAGGUCCUCUGUGCUCCAGAAUAGGAGUGUACCUGGACCACAGUGCAGGUAUUCUGUCCUUCUACAGCGUCUCUGACACCAUGACCCUCCUCCACAGAGUCCAGACCACGUUCACUCAGCCUCUCCAUGCUGGACUAAUGCUUGGUAACAUUGUAGGAGCCUCUGCUUGGUUGUGUAAACCUGAAUAAAUAGAAGCCAUUUAAGGGACAGUGGGUUUAAUCCUUAUGUUUGUUUUCUUUCCAUGUUUGUAGCUGACAGCUGAUUGUGCAGUGAAGAAACGCUUAAAUUCCCACUACUUUAGAAAUGUGAUUUUUUUGGAAGAUCUGUAAACUAUCAUAAAAAUGUUGUGUUUAUGAUCAAUAGGGGUAUUAUUCAUUAUUAUGUUUUAAAAUGGCUGAUAUUCUGGUGGGCUAUGUGAAGAAACUGAAGGUUUGCACAAUGAAUAAACAAACAUG